GCACGGCCACCUUGCACCCACGGCCCGGGGGUCCCGAUCUCUCCAAUGUUGGCGGUUGACAGCAUAGUCAUCCACGGUGGACAUCAAGCACAAUAGAAGUUCUAGAUGAUAUCUGGGGCGAAAACGUCCAUCGAGAUCUCAGACCAUCCAUGCCAGUCACGUGCGCGAUUUGAUGCAUGGAUGACGCAGGACGGCCGACGAUCUCCCGGAUGCGGGUCAGCCUAUCGACGGGCAUCUCUCGUACUCUCUCCGUGUCUUGUUCCUUUCUUAUUUCCCCUCCUUCCUUUGUUACCCUGCCGUCCACGUGUGUCUACAGAGUCUCAAUCACCCCUAGACUAGCCUCCGGGCUGUGUACUCUACAAAUAUUCGCUGGAACUUAGUCGCUCCCGCUGCCCCUCAGACGCGCGGCUGGACCGGGU